UCCCCGCUCCUUCGGUCGGACUACCCAGCUCUGGGCGUCGUCGCGCAGGACCGGAGCGCCGAGCAGAGAGGAGUCCCCCCCAGCCCCCCGGGGCUUUUUCCUUCAGGGACGGAAUGGAGCCGGCGGCCAAGUGGGGGCUGCUCGUUCAGCUCGCGCUCCUUCUGACUCGUCCCCAAGUACACUCUGCAACUUUCAGAAUCCUUACUCCUUAUUCACUCUACAUCUGCCCUGAAGGUCAAAAUGUCACUUUGACUUGUAAGAUCAGUGGGGUUCUUGCCAAUCAGCAUGAUUUAAUCUCCAGAGCUUGGUACUUCAGCAACAAAGAUGACCAUAGGUGUUCUCAGAGGAAGCAUAUCCGCAACAUCUCUGUUAAGGAACUUCAUCAUGAAGCUGAGAAGCAUCAUGGGCAACUUCAUGUGAAUGACACUGCUGAGAAAUAUGUCCACGGGCAUCAAGUGAACCAUCAUGGACUGGAAUUCUCUUUGAUUCAUCAUGGCACUUUCUAUGUCACUAUAGCAAAUCUUACUCUAGAGGACAGAGGAUACUACUGCUGUUAUUUAGCAGAGGCUAAGAAAGAAAACAACAAGCCACAGAUCCAGCAACACGCAUAUGGCUUCAUGGAACUUCGUAUACAGAAAGCAAAUGGUACAUUCCCAAACUGUACAUUUCAUCCUGCUGACAAUACGGACAGUGAAAAUACCACAGCAGUCACAAUUGCAACAGCGGCUUGCAUUGUAGGUAUUCUGUGUCUGCCUCUCAUCCUACUCCUUAUUUACAAGCAGAGACAAAUAAUCACUCACAGGCGUGCUCAUGAACUCGUAAGGAUGGAAAGCAACGCCCAUGGCAUUGAGAAUCCUGUCUUUGAUGCUGUCCCUGACAUUGAUUCAGAAUCCAGGCCCAAGCCACAAUUAACAUUUAUGGUGAGCCGUCAGCCUUCAGAGUCAGAUCGACACCUUCUCUCAGAGUCAAAUACCCCGCUCUCACCCCCAGUCCCAGGCCAGUGUUUCUUCCCAUCACUUGAGCCCGUUCCUGAUUCACCAGAUUUAACAAAGGUGUAGUCAAAUAAAGGAAGAUUGUCUUAUUCUGAAUUUUUGACAGCAACAUGAAGAAGGUUUAUUAUUUGCUGCUUUAAAGGAGAAAGAAAGGCAGAGAUGGAGGGAAGCAAAUGAAGAAAGUUUUUAGGAAACUGUUUCUAAAGGGAAGAAAAGGCUUUCUCCGAGGCACUUGUUGCCUAUCCUAACAUUUCAGUACAUUGCUGUUGUCCUCUUUCUUCUGAAAUAAUUCAACAUGGAAAAUCUGGAAGGCAAGGAGGUAUUGUACCCACCUAGGAUUCUGCAGACUGUUUAUUUUACUUCACUGAGUUGUUGAUCACUUUAUGAACAGUUACUGAAACAUGUUUCUAAUGUGUUGAAUUAGAACAAGACCAUGUUACAUUUUUUAACUAUAAGGGGUUAUGAAUAGCAUCACCAAAAGCCUUUUUUUAAAAAAUUACUCUGCAUUCCAAAUGCCUUGGUUCCCUAAAAACAGAAAGUGUUUUACAUGUACUAUUUUUUUUUUACUUUGCAUAUGUUCUCUUUUAAAGACUGUAUGUUGCACAUGUUUUAACAUAGCGAUAAGAAGUAUUGCUUAUAUCCUGGCUUCAGAGAAUCAAACAUAAAAUGAAAUAUCUCCAUAUCUGA